AUGUCUAUCUGUGUGGACAAGAAAGAGACUUUGGUUUGCCCCAAGCCGCGGCGUGUUGGUCUUAUCCCCGCCACCAGACCCCCCACCACCACCACGACGCUUAACGACCCUCCGGUUAGACCCCUUCGAUGGCAUUUUAGCCAUCAACAGGAGGUUUGUGAUUCAAAAGCUGGAAAUGAACUGCUUGACAUCAUUUUUGCAAAGGGUGGUUAUGGUGUUGAACAAUCCGUAGCACAGAUGGCCUCCUCACCCCCAUUUUUCUCUGGGUCACCACCAAGCAGAGUAUCUAACCCACUAAUUCAAGAUGCCCGUUUUGGGGAUGAGAAAUUCACCCCCGUGUCACCUCGAGCAAUCCCGUUUCCAUCCGAGCUGGCUCUGUCCCCAUCCUCCUCCCGCAAAAGUGGAUCUGGAUCUGUGCGAACAAAUUUUGGCAACAAUCCAGCCGUUAGGAUCGAGGGUUUCGACUGCCUCGACAGGGAUAGAUGCAACUGCAGCAUCCCUGCCCUGGCUUAG